CCCACCAAGGGAAUGAUUCAUAUCAAAAUCAGACGAUAUAAAAUAUUAGUACCACUUGGUUGGGAUGAGAGCAGUGGUGUUACUUGCAUGAAUUAGCCUUGCCUGGAUAUUCAAUACUAUAUUAUUCACAUGCAAAGGUAACUUUAACUUGCACGAAUCAGCCGGCAUUAUUCAAGCCCAAUUACACAAGUCACCACGUAAUGCCAAGCGUACGUCCUCAGAAAUUAGGCCCACUAGCAGAGGCAUCUACAAUUUAUAGACUAGACCGGACUAGAAGUAGAGGAAAGAACGAACCUGACCUGACCUCAAACACUGGCACUGCGCGCUUCCAGCCAUAACCAUGACUAUUUAUACGUGCAUCCGAGGCCAAUCUAAAUAUCUGAUCCACUUAGCACUGAGCAACGACCCCACCACUCCUCCCCCCAACCCCAACUCUCUCUCUCUCUCUCUCUCUGAAUCAAAGGUAAGUAAAGCUUAUCAUGGAGACUCCUCUCCCGGGCUGCCUCUUCUUCUUCUUCUUCUUCUUCUUCGUUGGGGCAUUAUGGGCAUCCGAGAGGAGGGAGGCGGUAGCGACCGUGUUCACCCUCCAGAACAAGUGCUCCUACACGGUGUGGCCGGGCACAUUGUCCGGCAACGGCGCCGCCGUGCUCGGCGGCGGAGGUUUCGAGCUGUCCCCCAACGCCGCCGUCUCCCUCACCGCCCCUCCCGGCUGGUCCGGCCGCUUCUGGGCCCGCACCGCCUGCGUCUUCCCUCCCUCCGGCGUCUCCGGCUCCUGCACCACCGGCGACUGCGGCGGCGCCAUCCGCUGCUCCUUCGGCGGCACCCCUCCGGUCACUCUCGCCGAAUUCACCCUCGCCGGCGGAGGUAACGGUGCGGCGAAGGACUUCUACGACGUGAGCCUGGUGGACGGGUACAACGUGGGGAUGGGGGUGCGGCCGGCGCCGGCGUCGAGCGGGUGCAAGUAUGCGGGGUGCGUGGCGGAUCUCAACGGGCGGUGCCCGGCGGAGCUGCGGGUGGCGGGGAUGACGGGGGAGACGGUGGCGUGCCGGAGUGCGUGCGAGGCGUUUGGGGGGCCCGAGUACUGCUGCACGGGGGCUCACGGGUCGCCGGGCACCUGCGGGCCCACGCGCUACUCGCAGCUUUUCAAGGCGGCGUGCCCCACCGCCUACAGCUACGCCUACGACGACGCCACCUCCACAUUCACCUGCUCCGCCGCCUCCGAGUACCUCAUCACCUUCUGCCCCGCCGCCGAUGAUUAGUCAUGAACUUUAGAUGAUGGAUGCAAAUAUAGAAAAAAAUAAAAAACUCGUGAUGACAGCGUGAUGCUAAGAAUAGGUACUGGCUUGUGGAAGUCCUUUUUUUUCUCCUUCACUUCUUUGUUUGCUCUGGCUUCGUCACAUGUGCUGCUUCUGCUAAUGUUUUUGUAUUUCUGUAACUAUUUUUUAAAUUUUUUAAUCUAAUUACCGUCUCGCUUGUUA